UUGGCUAAAAAAAAAAAAAAGAAGGAGAUGAACAACGUGUGAAUAAAAUUUCCUUACAACACUGUAACCAAAAAAAAAAAAAUUUCCUUACAACACAUGAGCACAAGCGUUAAAAGAAGAAAACAAGAAAAGAGAAAAAAAAGGCACAAUUAAACGAAGUAAGCGACGGGACGGCAAAACCCAGAAAGAGAAGCAUCAACCUCGUCGGACUGUGAAAAUUUAUCGCAGUUGUUGAUUGAUCGGAUCCUUUUUUACUGGAGUUUCCAUUAGUCUUUGUUAGAAUUGAAGCAGUCCCAAGUAUUAAUUAACAUAAAUUCAGUAAAAAGGUGCAGAUUCUGAUUGUGAAUUUGAGAUUCAGUUGGGCCGAUUUUCGUGUUUCGAAGUUUUUGAUCAACCAUUGUUGAAAUUGGUCAGGCCUGCUUCUUGGAGCUACUGUAGCAAACACAGGAGAAAGUCUUGAGGGAGGCUACAGUAGCGGGUGAGGAAAAUGGAGGACAAGGGCAAAGGAAGCGAGAGAUUUGGGGGAGCCAUAGCCAAUCUGACCGAGAUGGCUCACAAUUUGGAGUCACUCCAGAAGCUGCUCCUCAAGAAAGCUGUCUUUGUCGAUGAAGAGACCUUUGCCAAAGCCUCACUUUGUUCUGAACAAGCUCGUACCAUUAAGGUUCUUGAACAAAGGGUUGAAACUUUGGAACGAGAACUUGAUGCUGCCAUUACAGCUGCUGCACGUGCUCGUUCAGAAAAACGCCAGGCUGAGGCAGCAGAAAAGGCCGCUGAGUUUCGUGCACAAGAAGUUACAAAAGAGCUUGAGAACACCUCAAAGGUAUUUGAGCUGCACAUGGAAGAGUUGCGUGCAAAGCAAGAAGAAAUCUCUAAGCGUGAUAAGGAUAUCAAACUUUUGGAAGCUAUAAUUCAGACACUUGGCGGAAAAGAAGUCCAUAAAAGAACUGGAUAGAAAAUCUGUCUUUUGAAUUUUGUAUGCUUUUCCUUUUUUAAAGAAGAAGAAACAGUAUGUAUAUAUUUAGGCACAGUUGGUCUCGAAAAAAAAAGAAAAGGGAUGGAUCCACUCUUAAACAAUUGCAGCUUGCUUCAACAAUAGAUGAAUUUUGUGGGUGUGUUAUAUCUCAUAUUAAAUGAAUCAACCCAAAUUACAAUUAA